AUUGGAUCAAAAUUGGCAGUAAUAAAUCACAUCUCUCUCUCGUACUAUAUAAUUGUAUACGCAUCAUCGAAGGAGCUUUGAGAAAAAAAAAUGGAGAGAGAAAGAAAUACACAAAAACCACACAUCUUAGCAAUUCCUUACCCAAGCCAAGGCCAUGUUAACCCUAUGCACCAAUUUUGCAAGCGCCUAGUCUUCAAAGGUGCUAAAACAACUUUUGCUCUCACCAAAUUCAUCAUCAAAUCCUUCAAUCCAGAGUCCGACUCCGUCGCCAUCGAAGCCAUCUCAGAUGGCUUCGAUGAAGGCGGUUUCGGACAAGCAUCCGAUGUGUCAGACUAUCUGACACAUAUGGAAAAGGCCGGCUCGAAAACCCUGGAGGAUCUCAUCCAAUCAUACCAAAGCUCUAAUAGCCCCAUUGAUUGCAUAGUUUAUGAUGCCUUUUUGCCAUGGGCUUUGGCAGUGGCCCAAAAAUAUGAUAUCAAAGGAGCUGCUUUUUUCACUCAAGCUUGUGUUGUGAAUUAUGUGUACUAUUAUGCCCACCAUGGCCUGCUGGAGCUUCCGGUGACGGCCGCCUCGACGCCAGUGGAGCUGCCGGGGCUGCCGCCGCUCGAGCUUCCGGACCUCCCGUCGUUCAUAUACAAGCAUGGGACUUAUCCGGCUUACUUUGAGAUGGUGUUGAGUCAAUUUUCGAAUUUGGAGAAGGCUGAUUUUGUGGUCGUCAAUACGUUUUACAAGCUGGAAGAAAAGAUUGUGGAUUCAAUGACAAAAGUGUGCCCACUUCUAACAAUUGGGCCGACACUGCCAUCAUCCUAUUUGGAUGGUAGGAUUGAAAACGACAACAAAUAUGACAUAAACCUCUUCCACCACGAAGAUUGUACAAGAAUAAUGCAAUGGCUAGAGAAGAAGCCAGCAAGGUCAGUUGUAUACAUAGCCUUUGGCAGCAUGGACAAUCUCCCUAAGCCACAAAUGGAAGAGAUCGCAUGGGGUUUGUGCAGCUCGAAUUUCGACUUUAUUUGGGUGGUGAGGUCUCAAGAUCGACAGGAGAAGAUACCGGGUGAUUUUGUACGUGCAUCGGUUGACAAUGACAAGGCCUUGUUUGUGCAUUGGAGCCCUCAGCUGGAGGUGUUGUCGAGCGAGGCGGUGGGGUGCUUCUUCUCUCACGGUGGGUGGAAUUCCACGACCGAGGCGUUGAGUUUGGGGGUGCCGAUGGUGGUGAUGCCACAGUGGACAGACCAGACGACAGAUGCGAAGCUUGUGCAAGAUGUUUGGGGGGUUGGGGUUAGGGUUAGGGUUGGGGAGGAUGGUUUGGUUGGGAGAGAGGAGGUGGAGGGAUGUUUGAGGGAAGUGAUGGAGGGGGAGAGAGGGAAGGAGAUGAAAAGGAAUGCUAGGAAAUGGAGGGAUUUGGCUAAGGAGGCUGUGGCUGAGGGUGGCACUUCUGAUCUUGAUAUUCUUAACUUUGUCUCUAAGUUGACUACUUCUUCAUGAUUGUAUUUUAUUUGUAAGUAUCAAUUCCUGCACUUUGUGUUUAUGUAAGUGUGCUAGUGUUUGAAGUUUUGUAUAUGAAUGAACUACUUGUUGCUAA